GGUCUGGGACUCUUCUCUCGCUCCCCUUUGGCAAGGGGUACAUUCAUAUGCGAGUUUGCUGGAGAGCUCAUUUCGGAUGAGGAGACUAGCAGGAGAUGGGAUGAGUAUAAGGCGCUGGGAGUGGGCAACUAUAUCCUGUGCAUCAACGAGGGGUUGCCGGAGAGUGGAGACGGAGUGAGGACGAAUAUCGACCCGACUCGGAGAGGGAAUGUAGCCCGCUUCAUCAAUCACCUCUGCCCUCCGCUCACAAACCUCAUCAUUCUCCCAGUACGCUGUGACAGCCACCUGUCUCUUCUACCUGCGGACGUGCCUGCCCCACCACGAGCAGCCAUUUUCGCCAAGCGGGAUAUCGCUGCGGAUGAGGAGCUUGGGUACGAUUAUGCUGAUGCCAGCGGACAGAUGCAAGAAGAAGGGGAAGGAGAUGGAGAGGGAGGGAAAGGUGUGACCGAAGGACGUGAGAGAGUGGAAGGACGCACGACGUGUCGCUGCGGAAGUGUACAAUGUCGCGGCUGGCUACCGUCGGCGGCUCAUCGACUCUGA